UCGUGGCAAGAUUUGUUCAGAUGAGGUUUGCCAUUGCCUUCCCCUGAAGCUGACAGCAUGUGAUUUGCCCAAGGUUCUAGUGCCCCCCCCCAACUACAAAUCCCUGAAUUCCAUAGGAUGAAUUACUUGGUUGUAUGACAAGCAAAAAGAUUCAGCACGGUGUAGUGGUGUGAGCAUUAGACUAUGACUCUGGAGACCAGGGUUUGAUUCCCUGCUCGGUUAUGGAAAGCCACUGGAUGACCUUAGGCAAGUCACACACUCUCAGCCUGUGAGAACCCUGUGAUAGGUUUGCCGCAAUGACUCGAAAGCACAUAAUGAUGCAACAAAUUACAAGCAAAACCUGCUGAAAUCCCAACUUGCAUGCGGCCAUUGAAGGUCCAGGACCCCUGUCCGGUUUUGAGUGUGGCAGCCCUCUUUGGGAUGUCAUGACAGGGCAGCACAUGGUUACUGGAGGUACUAUUCAGUUUCACCUUUGCUGGGAAGGGCUUGUGGGAUUUGGUGGUUUUGCCUCUGGUGCCAAAGCAACAGCCAGCUGCAGAGACUUAGCAUCCCUUGGGGAAGUGCAAGUAGCCAUUUGCCACUCACCUCAGGCACCCAGAGGUUUGGAGUCAGUCUUGCAGGGAUUGAAAUAAAACAAGUAACCCUUCUGCUUUGCCGGGUUAAAGCUUAGGACAAAGAUUUCUGUAGCCCAGCCAAAAAAUGCCCGCUGUGUUAGGUAGCUCUAUCUGCGGCCUGCCGCUCUCUGGCAGUUGGCAGUUGCUAUGGGAACGAGAACCCAGUGCAAACAGUAGGCCCUGUUCCCGGAGCAGCUCAGUUUGCCUUUGGUGCCAGGCAGGUGAGUUUGGAAAGGACAGGGAAGGAUACGUUCCCUGAAAGAAGAACGAUGGGGGAUUGAAGGAUGCCCAGAGGAAAAGGCAGACCCAAGUAGAGCAAACAUAAAGCAGCAUUGAGAAAGAUUGGGGCGGGGGGGGGGGGUUUGACAGGCACCAUGCUCGUGCCAAGCAGUCAUUUAGGAAGGGCUUUCACACGCUUUGCUUGUUCUUUUGCCUGGAAAGCUGUGGCCCCUCUUUGUAAAUUGUAUAUUUCAUCAAAUCAGUCCGGCACAGUCUUAAAGGUGGUGCCAGCAGCAGCAUUCAGGCCUCUGGAUUGUGUUGGACUCCAACUUCCAUUGCUCUCUGCCAUCAUCGGCUGUGCUGGCUGAAGGCGGUGGGAGCUGUAGUCCAAUAGAGGAGAGCUGUCUGGAAAGGUCUGAGCCAAGGCCCGGAGGUUGGCAGCUCUGUAAUAUGUCUGAGCUGUGGCCCCUUCCUGCAUGCUAGAAAUGCUGUUUUGUAUGUACUGGUCUUGAAACCUGAUUUCUGAGUCACAGAGGUGAUUUCGCGAGGAAGGAUGGAGGAAGACAGCAGUAAACCAGAAACGCCUCAGGGGACGGAAGAGUCAGAACCAGGAGCAGAGAUACAAAGAGAAGAGAUGCCACUGGCUGAAAGUGCUCCUGCGAAGAGUGACUUGCCCAGCCAGGCAAGACAAGGUCUAGAGGAGGAGGCCCAGGAUUCUGCAGGACCCAUGGAAGCAACGCAACGGGGCAAACAGGCUUCGCAAGGGGUGAAAACCAGCAUUUCUCCUGGUCCUCCAGAAACCUCUCAAGACACCACUGCCAGUGCAAAUGCAACUGAAAUGUCCAUAACAGAGGAAAAGGAGCCUGGGAUCCCAGCACAAAAGGGCCAAGCACCCAAAGAGGACCUACAGGCAACUCACAAGCCUGGUGGUGUCAGGGAUGAUAAAGAAGAGGGAGACCAAACUGGAUUGGAAAAAGGCCAGGACAGGAGCCAAACACCAGAAGCAGGGCCAAAGGCCGCCACUGCAGAAACCCAUCGUCCCCAAAGUCAAGAGCAGGACAGAAGAAGCCCAAGCCAGCCGCCUCCUUUGCUGUCAGAAAGCACUGCUGGCCAAGAUGGUCAAGGUAGUCCUGUCAUGAAGGGAGGUAGUUCUGAGACGGGCCAAGAGGUAGGCCUUGUCCUCAGACCCCAAGAGCCACUUGGUGACAAUGAGAGAGUCAGUCAAGAAACGGGCAUCCAAACAGCCCAAGAAGAGCAUGGGCCAUCCCAAGCACAAACUCAUCUCGCCAGUCUGACUCCAGCUGAGGAGGAAAAGUCUAUAGUGUCUACCGCUGCCCCAGCCAUGAUGUUAGAGGAUGAAACCAGACCACUCUCUGACCAUCCGCUGAGUCUUUCUUGGGUUUUUGGCUACAACAACAAACUCCCUGUUUUCAACUUGCUUGAUGAAGACUUCAGAGUGAUUCUGUAUGUUUCUAGUCACACUGCUGUGAUCCACGACGUCUUCAGGAAUAAGCAGUAUCCCCUCCAGGGACACUCGAGUUGUAUUUCUUGCAUCUGUCUAAGUCAAGACAGGCGAUGGAUAGUAACUGCAGACCGUGGUCCGGACAGCUUGAUUAUUAUUUGGGACGGCUAUUCAGCGGUCCCUGUGCACACAAUAUUUGAUAGUCACCCAGAAGGCGGAGUCAGCGCUGUUGCAAUUUCCCAUGACUCCACAUUACUGGCUACUGUCGGAGCUGGGGAAGAGCAGAAAAUUAGCAUUUGGAGCUGGACUUUAGGUGACACAGAUCCUGACUGCAGUGUCAAAAUCCUCCCCCAGUAUGGUUUCCAGAAUUACAUUGCCUUUCAUUCAAGAGACCAUAAUGAACUGGUCAGCAACAGUGAAAUUCAAGUUAUAUUUUAUAUGCGGGAAUCCAGCGUCUUGCACUAUUUUGCUCCCAUGCUGACAGAGAAAACGUUCGAAAAAACUGUGGGACUCUUUAGCCAGACGCUUUUCCAUUUCAGCACUGACCGUGCCAUCACUGCAACACUAGAAGGGAAAAUAGCAUUGUGGGGGCCUGUUUGCCUUCCUUCCCAAGAUCCCGUUCCGAAACCCUACAGUAUGAAAGCCAUCAAGCUGAUACAUUUGCAGAAGGAUGGCAUCACGGUGCUGGCCACCACAGAUAAGAUGUUUGUAACUUGUGACAACAAAGGGCAUGUGAAAUUCUACGACGGAGACCUACAGCUUCUGUACUGGUACAGCAAAUUGAAAAUUGGGCCCAUCCGGUCAAUUUCCUUUUCCAAGAAAAAAGCAUGUCCUGUGGAUAUCAGCAAGUUACCCAUCUCUUGCACCUUAGCGGGGGAACCUUUUAUUGUUAGGAAUUUUAUUAUUUCCUCAUCGAAUUCAGUAGUGAUUCAUGUCAAGCCAGAGGGUCUAAAAGUCAGCAAAUGCCUGGAGGAGCCCAAAGAUGCUGUUCAUGCCAUUACGUGUCACCCAAGCAAACCUCUCAUGGCCAAGGGGAGCUUUUGCGGUCUCCUGAAAGUGUGGAACUACAGUCUUAACAAAUACCUGGUUAGCCGAAUCUUUAAGGAUAGUAUCAUCCGGACCCUCUGUUAUAACCACGAUGGUUCACUGCUGGGAGCUGGCUUUGAAAAUGGAUAUGUUUACCUCCUUGAUGCUAUAUCUUUGGAGAAUGACUAUCAAAAACCUCUCCAAUAUUCAAAAGGGCCUCUGACCCACAUGGCUUUCUCUCAUAACUCUGAGUAUUUUGCCACAGCGGAUGAAAAUAUUUCGGUGAACCUUUACACACAGUUUGUCAAAGAUGGAAUUAAAUUCUGGGAUCUCCUGGCAGCACUCCACUCCCACUACAAGCCAGUCUGUGCCCUUCUCUUUGGGUUGCAGUUAGACAGCGAUGAACCUAGGCUCUUAAGUCUUGGGGAAGACAGAUUCUUGGUGGAAUAUGACCUGGCAAACAGCACCAGAGAUAAUCUGGUCGUUCUCCGAAGGGAUCGCAUCGAGCAGAGUGCUAUCCCCAAGUGUAUCACCUGGUACCCGCCUCUCACAAUGGAAUAUUUUUUGCUCACUGCCAAUGAUGAGUAUAAAAUGAAGAUGUAUAAUGUGACCACGAAGUUGUGCAGAAAGACUAUCCUGGGACCAACAUACGGUUCACCCCUUCAGAAGAUUCUGGUCCUUCCAGUUAAAGAAGGUGAUGAUCCUCAGAAACGAUAUCUGGCCUACAUUACAAAAGAUAAGGUUGGCUUGCAGGUUUUGCCUGUUGAUGGGAACCCACACAAAUCUUCAGCUUUCAUUUGCCACCCUGCAGGCGUCUGCAAUCUUGCCUGCUCCUAUGAUGGGCGCCAUCUCUUCACGGCAGGGGGCAGUGACUCAACUGUGAUGAAAUGGGACAUUAAUUUAAGCGCUCUGGAAGCAGCUGUCUUACUGGGUGGGGAAGAUUUAAUCCCAUACUACAACUUCCUGGAAAAUGGCAGAGAAGGCAUGUUUUUCAAGGAACUAGAAGACUAUUUUUAUUAUGCUCAGUUGUGCCACCAAGGUAUCAACACAAUGGUGCCUAGAAAGGUGUCUACACACAUCCCACUGGAACAAAUUCCUUUUGUCAUGCGAGCAAUGGGCUUUUACCCAACCGAGGACCAGAUUGAAAACAUGUUAAAUGAAGUCAAAUUCAGUGAAUUCCUGGAGACUGGGAAGCAAAUGACUCACAUCGAUUUGCGGGGCUUUAUCAAACUCUACAUAAAUCAUCGGCCUGCUUUUGGUCUGUCAGCAAAAGAAAUACAACAGGCCUUCCAAGUGCUGGGCUAUGAGAAUGAGGACCGUGAGCUGGCCAUUAACAGGAAUGACCUACUGUUGCUGCUUCAACACCGAGGAGAGCAUUUCACAGAAGAGGAGCUGGCAGAAUGCCUCACCACUUUGCUGGGUGUCAAUCCAGAGGGGGGUCGUGCAGAAGUAGGCACCUACGAUCCCACAGGUGCAGAUGUCUUUAUUGAGGAAGGCAUUCCGGAGGAAAUUACAGCCGAGCAUUUCAUCAUGGACAUUCUUGGCUUACCGGUUCCAGAGCCCACAUUGAGAGAGGCAGAAACUCCAAAUGAACCCACGAGCUGCGAUCUGGUGUUGAAAUCUUGAUGGCUUUGUGGGAUUCCCCAUCCUUUUUCUUAACGGUUAUGUGUUAUCGCUAAGUUCCUUUAGCAACAAUAUCUAUUUUUUUAAAAAUACAAAACAUUUUAUGUCAUUUUUGAAAUUUGCAAUGAUCCUGAAACCUUGCCCCGUUAAAAGAGCCUCAUGCUGUUUUAAACCCUGAGAAAUAAGUCUCAAGUUGGUUUAAAAAAAAAGGUCCUAGGACUGACCUCAUUGGUCAUUCCAUAUCGCUUCCCACCCAUUUGGAAAUUGGGUGGCCCUUUAGAUGUUGUUGGACUGCAGUUCCCAUCAGCUCUAGCCAUUGCACCCAGUAGCAGUGAAUACUGGGAGUUGCAAACUGUGUCCUUUCUGUGCCCAUUACAUUUCCAUAAAAUACAGACAGAACAGAACUGCCAAAUAACUCCACUGGUGUCCAUCAAUUCUGCUUAUGGUCAGGCUUUUUUAUUUCUUGAGACUGAAGACAUGCUAAAUGAAGUCAAAUUAAUAAUAAUAAUAAAAAAAAACAAUACAAUUUAUUUUUAUCCCGCCCCUCUGCGCAACGCAACCGGGGCGGCUUACGGCAUUAAAAUAUACACCCCUUACCCCCAAUCUCUCCCCCCCCCUUUAAAAUACAAUUAAACUAUUUGCCAUAUAAAAUUCAGUGAAUUCCUGGAGACUGGGAAGCCAGGGACCCACAUUGAUUUGCGGGGCUUUAUGAAAUGCUGCAUAAAUCCUCAGCCUGCUUUGUUAUCGCCCCAUUGCUCAUUCUGUAUCAUCCCAGACUCAUACAAGAGAUAGUCUGCAAAUGGUCAGAUCUCAGUGAGGGAGAUAAUCAGACCUUCUCAGAGCAGGGCCCUGGGUCCUUAAGCCUAUUAGACAGUUCAAAUCCAGAGGAAGGCCUAGGUUCUUCUUCAAGCCAGUUGCAGUGUUUCUGGCAUGCAUGGUUUCAUGAAGCAACUGGACACUGUCUGUCCACAGGAAAGGGAUAGGUUGCCCAUUAAAUCCACAUUCUGGUCAUGCGAUUAAUCAAAUGUGCCAACUAGAAAUGGAGCAUCAGUCCACAACAUACAAUAGCACUGUAUUGUCUUGCAACACAAUAAACAAAAGUAGCCUUAUUCCA